GAUUUAGAAAUAUGGCGACGGUCUGUGUAUCAAGUUUUAGGUUAUUUAAGUUUACUCAAACCUCUCGCUUAUUAACCAAAUUUGUGUUAAAUAUACCCUUAAUAAAAACUGUAAACUUGGAAAAUAUUGUUCUGGUGCAAAAUAUUCGAGUAUUUUCAAAAGAUGAAGGAGAAUACAAACCGAAACAUCGUUUCGGGACGCCUGAAGUGGCCAGGAAAAAAACUGUACCUGUACAAAAGGUUUUGUUACUUUCCUCAGAAGGGAAGGUAAUAGAAGAACUAAUAAUAGAAGAAGCACAACAAUUGGCAAAACGUAGAAAUUUAAAUCUAGUGCAGGUAGUUGACCUUGGUUUCAAAACAACUUUACCGACUUAUCAACUUAUGUCCAAAAUGCAACUUGCUAAAGAGGGGAUGAAAGCUAAACAUCAAAAGAAUUUGGAGAAAAGUACUACAGUAAAAGAUACAAAACUUCUUAUAAUUUCAUCUAAGAUAGGCAAGCAUGAUUUGGAAACUAAAAUAAAUAAAAUUGGUAAACUUCUAAAAAAGAACUACAAAGUUCAAGUUUAUAUCGCCACAGACGGAAACAAACUUGCAGCGGAAUCAGUUAUUAAAACUAUAGAAAACGGCACGGCUGGUGAUGGUAAAAUGAAGAGUAAAGUACCAAAGGGCUCUGGUAUAAAAAUAUAUCUUGAACCAAUUAUACCAGCAACGCCAGAAACAGAUAAAAUGAAAGAAGAAAAGUCGGCGUAGCAAAUACCUUAGAACUAUUUUACAAGGCGCAUAAAGCUCAUAUUGAAUCUACAGGCAAUGUGCACGCAAGAUGCACUAAACAUUUUGGAAAUUUAGGAGUCAGUAGGGGGCUUCAGACGAUGUCAAGGUACCGCGGACUACCUGCCCUCUCGGCGACCUUUUUCUAUUGUUCAGCGCUGAUCUGGAUCUCGGAGCGCUGUGGUUCUCAACUGGUGCCUUCUGCAUUGUGUUACAGGGGUACAGUUAAAUGGAAUAGUGUAUGAAUUAUGUUGCGCCCUAACGUGGAGGUCAAUUCGGAGGUGCUUUGCCAUAUUAAAAUGUUUGGGCAACUGCUAUCCAUAGGAACGUACGUCACUUAAAGAAAUUUGUAUACUAUUUAUACUCAAUAUAUUUAUACUAAAUAAAAUAUGUAUGUAA